GCUUAGAGCCCAAGAGGCAAACAAUUCCUCCAAUGAUUAGCUUUCCUUCUUUGGAGACGGAGUAUCUGAAGAAACUCCAAACUUGCUGCUGUCCAUAUAUCUGUUCUAUUUCCAGGUUCCCUGCCUCUUUUUUGGUCUUUCUGUUUGCAUAGUUUAUAUCCCUUCCCCACUGGCAAAUUCCAGCUCUUUCUAUGCUCCCUAGUCCUCCCCAUACAUGUAUAUAUACAAAUAUAUUCCUUUCUAUUCCCUUCUUCAACAGGACAACACUCUUCUUCCUUCUCCCCCGCCUUCUUUGCACCUGUGUGAAUGAUCAGGUGCAUUUCUUUGUCCUGCAGUCUUCUUUUUGCAUAGAUGUGUGUUCCCAGUUCUACGUGCUUCUGUCUGUGUUGUAUAUGAUCAUUUCAUGUCUCCUGUAUUCAUAUGAAAAGUUUUGAUCUUUAUCGACUUCACGGAAGCUGUGAUAUGGGUUUCUUCCAUUGUUGCCAUAACUAGCUUUUGGUGUUGGGAGGAGGAGGAGGUUCCAAUGUUCUGUUGUGCAAAUAAUGCAUGUUGUGUUUAUGAAGAAAGGGUUUGAAAGAAUUCUGGGUUCUUUUCAAGCCUUAUAUGUUAUAGGUAAAUAUGAAAGCUUUGAUCUUUAUGGACAAUGGUGAUGCUAGUUAAUGAAUAAGGUGAAGUUCGAUAAUGGGUUUCUAUAAAAAUUCCCAUUCCAAGGCUUCUGGUUAUUGAGAGGAGAUCCAAUAUGUUAACUGCUCUGCACAGCCAUGUUUGGUUCAUCACAAAGUGUUUGAAAUAAUUCUGCUUUUUUUUUUUAGUCUAAUCAGUAAUCUCUUCAAUAACUUGUCUUGUUGCCUUCAAUUGUAGACUGUGAUUGAAAGGCGGGACGAAUAACCAUGGAUCAGAAGGAGAUUUCCCUGGAAGCUAUCAACAAGGAAACUGUAGAUCUGGAGAACAUCCCAGUUAAAGAAGUUUUCGAGAAGUUGAAUUGCACCAAAGAUGGACUGACUGGCGAUGAAGUUCAGCAAAGGCUGCAAGUCUUUGGUUACAACAAACUCGAAGAAAAACAUGAAAGCAAAGUCCUCAAGUUUUUGUCCUUCAUGUGGAAUCCACUCUCAUGGGUUAUGGAAGCAGCUGCUAUCAUGGCCAUUGCUCUUGCACAUGGUGAUGACAAACCUACAGAUUACCAUGAUUUUGUUGGGAUCAUUCUGCUGCUAAUCAUCAAUUCAACCAUCAGUUUCAUAGAAGAGAACAAUGCUGGAAAUGCCGCCGCUGCUCUCAUGGCUCGCUUAGCACCGAAGGCCAAGAUUUUACGCGAUGGGAAGUGGAAUGAGGAAGAUGCAGCUGAAUUGGUUCCUGGAGAUAUCAUUAGCAUCAAGCUAGGUGAUAUCAUUCCUGCUGAUGCUAGACUUCUUGAAGGAGAUCCUCUCAAAAUUGAUCAGUCUGCUCUUACAGGAGAGUCGCUUCCAGUAACUAGAGGCCCUGGUGGUGUGAUAUACUCUGGCUCAACAUGCAAGCAAGGUGAGCUCGAAGCAAUCGUCAUAGCCACUGGAGUCCACACCUUCUUUGGCAAGGCAGCUCAUCUCGUCGAGAGCACAACCCAUGUCGGCCAUUUCCAAAAGGUCUUAACUUCAAUUGGGAACUUCUGCAUCUGUUCAAUUGCUGCUGGGAUGUUAAUCGAGAUCAUAGCUAUAUACGGCUUCCAACAAAGAAGUUACCGUACUGGGAUAGACAACCUUUUGGUUUUACUCAUUGGUGGCAUCCCCAUUGCCAUGCCUACAGUUCUUUCAGUCACCAUGGCCAUUGGUUCUCAUCGCUUAUCUCAGCAGGGUGCCAUCACUAAGAGGAUGACAGCUAUUGAGGAAAUGGCAGGAAUGGAUGUCUUGUGUAGUGAUAAAACAGGCACUCUCACUCUUAACAAACUCACAGUGGACAAGAGUAUGAUAGAGGUCUUUGCAAAGAGCGUUCAGAAAGAUGAUGUUGUUCUGAUGGCUGCCAGAGCUUCGAGGUUGGAGAAUCAAGAUGCUAUUGACGCGGCCAUUGUUGCCAUGCUAGCUGAUCCAAAAGAGGCACGAGCUGGGGUUACAGAAGUUCAUUUCCUGCCGUUCAAUCCAACUGACAAGAGGACAGCACUGACUUACCUAGACAGUUCCGGCAAGAUGCAUCGAGUCAGCAAAGGCGCCCCAGAGCAGAUUCUUAAUUUGGCAUACAACAAAGCAGAAAUUGCCAAUAGGGUACAUGGAAUCAUCGACAAGUUUGCUGAGCGUGGACUACGAUCACUUGGGAUUGCCCGACAGGAAGUUCCUGACAAUCACAAGGAAAGUUCAGGUGGACCAUGGGAGUUUGUUGGCCUGCUACCACUCUUCGAUCCUCCGCGACAUGAUAGUGCUGAGACCAUUAGAAGAGCUCUUGAUCUUGGUGUUGGUGUCAAGAUGAUCACUGGUGAUCAGUUGGCCAUUGCAAAGGAGACUGGGAGGCGGCUUGGCAUGGGAACCAACAUGUAUCCUUCAUCAUCUUUGCUUGGAGAGAGCAAAGGGACAGGGUUUGAGUCUCUACCAGUUGAUGAGCUCAUUGAAAAUGCUGAUGGGUUUGCUGGUGUCUUCCCUGAACACAAGUAUGAGAUUGUGAAGAAACUGCAAGCCAAGAAGCAUAUUGUUGGGAUGACUGGUGAUGGAGUGAAUGAUGCACCAGCACUGAAGAUUGCAGACAUUGGAAUUGCCGUGGCUGAUUCAACUGAUGCGGCUCGUGGUGCCUCUGAUAUUGUGCUCACCGAGCCAGGGUUGAGUGUGAUCAUUAGUGCUGUCUUGACCAGCCGUGCAAUCUUCCAGAGGAUGAAGAAUUACACAAUAUAUGCAGUAUCCAUCACUAUCCGUAUAGUUAUGGGAUUCAUGUUGCUCACUUGCUUCUGGGAAUUUGAUUUCCCUCCCUUCAUGGUCCUCAUCAUCGCCAUCCUCAAUGACGGCACUAUAAUGACAAUUUCCAAAGACAGAGUGAAGCCAUCACCAGUACCAGAUAGCUGGAGGCUGGGUGAGAUCUUUGCGACUGGUAUCGUAUUAGGAGGAUACCUAGCCAUUAUGACUGUCAUCUUCUUCUGGGCAGUUUAUGAAACCAACUUCUUCUCGGAGCAUUUCCAUGUACCAAGCUUGAGAAAGAGUCACUACAACACGUCAGACCCGGAUGUGGUUGAUUUGCUUAAUAAGAAGCUAGCAUCGGCUGUUUACCUUCAAGUCAGCACAAUCAGCCAGGCGCUGAUCUUCGUGACUCGAUCCAGAAGCUGGUCCUUUGUUGAAAGGCCUGGUAUGCUUUUGGUCAUCGCCUUCAUCAUUGCUCAGUUGAUAGCGACGGUCAUAUCAGCGCUAGCAAACUGGGGAUUCGCUGGAAUUCAUAGCAUAGGCUGGAAAUGGACCGCCGUCAUUUGGGUUUACAACAUUGUGACUUACAUGCUUCUUGAUCCAAUCAAGUUUGGCGUCCGAUAUUGCUUGAGCGGCAGAGCUUGGGGACUUGUCUAUAACCAAAGGACUGCAUUGACUACACAAAAGGACUUUGGAAGGGAAGCUAGGGAAGCGGCAUGGGCGACUGAGCAGAGAACACUGCACGGCUUGCAAUCAGCAGAGUCGAAGCCAAUUCACGACAAGAGCACCUUCAGGGAAAUCAGCAUCGUUGCUGAAGAAGCCAAGAGGCGCGCUGAGCUUGCCAGGCUGAGAGAGCUGCACACACUCAAGGGCAAAGUGGAGUCAGUUGUGAAGUUGAAGGGAUUGGACGUUGAAGUCAACCCACAUUAUACAGUCUAAUCAAGGAGGCUACAACUGCUGAUGGUCUAUUUCACUUUUCACUUUUCUUCUUCUUCUUACAUGGAUUAUCAAGAAUGGUUAUUUUUCUUUUUUAACGAAGACCAAUAAUACACCUUUGUUGUUGUAGUAAAAUGAGAUUGGUGAA